AUGUCCACCUCCACCCUAUACACCAACCCAGCGGUGCACGCCGGUGCAGCAAAUAGUCACUCUAAGCUCCCUCGGCCUCCCUUCGACCCAGCCCUCGAACACGUAAGAACCGCCAUCCCAUCUGAAAGCUUCCAAACCCUCAAUACCAUCCGCGGCCACCCCUACAGCUUCUCUCUCGACUCAGUCCUCUCUCGUUUCCCGCACCUCUCGCACAAAGAAUAUACCAUCCCAACCCCGGACCCCAACUACGGCCAGGAUGAUACAAUCACCCUCUCCGUCUUCACCCCCAAGUCCCACACCACCCCGCUCCCAGCAAUCUACAACAUCCACGGUGGCGGCCAAAUCGCCGGCGACAGAUUCACCGGCCUGGAAUUUGUAAUUGCCUGGUACACAGAAAAUGACACUGAAGUCCCCCUCCCCGCCGUGCAUAUAUCAGUCGAAUACCGUCUUGCCCCCGAACACCCCGCUCCAGCAGCCCUCCACGACUGCUACAACGGUCUAACCUGGGUCGCCGAACAUGCAGAAAUCCUCAACAUCGACGCAUCCAAGAUCCUAGUACAGGGGGUAUCAGGUGGCGGGCCUCUAGCGGCAGCAUGUGCAAUCAAAGCGCGAAACCACGGCUCUCCUGCGCUUCGUGGUCAGCUGCUUUCUACACCGAUGCUGGAUUAUUCGGGGGAGUCGGUUUCCGCGAGGCAGUUUGAGGAUCAGGGGCCGUGGAAUGGGAGGACGGAUCGGUUGGCUUGGGGCUUUGUUCUGGGAUUAGAGCAGCCUAAUUCUGCUGAGGGAGAGGUGGCCACUCUAGGUAGUAGGAUUAAGGAGAAGGGAGAUAGCGUGAGUGAGUUGAUUUCUCCAACGGAGGCCACGGAUCUCGCUGGUGUUGUGCCGGCAUUUAUUGACGUGGGGGAGGCGGAGGUCUUUCGCGAUGGAGCAGUGCAGUAUGCGUCGUUGCUCUGGGAGAGUGGUGUAUCGGCUGAGUUGCAUGUUUGGCCGGGGGCGUGGCAUGGGUUUGAUAUGUUUGCGCCGGAUGUGCCGGUGUCAAAAGCAGCUGUUGCGGCGAAGAAGAGCUGGCUUAGGCGGAUUUUAUCUGAGUGA